AUGCAAUCGAUACUCUACGACGAUCAGGCAACACCGCUUAUUAUCGUUCUUCCGACUAGAGGGGGUAAGAGUCUUCUGUUUAUGGCACCGGCAUGUCUCGAGAACGUAGGGGUAACUAUAGUUAUAGUCCCGUUCCGAGCUUUAAUUAACAAACUAGUUAACAUAGCAAAGGAAGCUAGUAUUAACAGCAUAGAGUGGCACCCGGGACUUACGGAUCCGGCAACACUAGUCUUCAUUAGUGUAGACAAGAUCAUCGGCGGUGGUUUCUUAAGCUAUGCAGAGCUUCUAAAGGACAAAGGUUUACUCCGGCGCGUGUUCGUAGAUGAAUGUCAUUUGACGUUCACCGUAAGCGACUGGCGACCGAAACUUGUGGCUAUACGCUCUAUACGAGGCUUGCGAGUGCCGCUUAUCAUGCUUACUGCAACGCUACCCCCGAUGCUGGCGUUCGAAUUAGAAGUCAGCAUGGCUUAUUAG